UUUUUACAGUUGCACCCGUGACUUAACGUUGUCACCAAUCAUCACAGAAUGGAUAUCACACGGAAGAUUCUGCUCCUUACCCUUUUUCAAGGACUUGUGUGUCAGAGGUGGGAGUUCCCGACCAGAAUUGAUGGUUUGGUUGGAACCUGUGUGGAGAUUCCUUGUACGUUCUACCCUCGUGAGAAUUCUGGGACAUCCAAUACUGUUUGGUAUUUAUUUAAUCGAAGAGACUAUCCUCAGAUUUUUAACAGUCUAAGAAAUUCUUCAGUAUUAAUGAAUUACAGAAGCAGAACCUCGCUAGUACCUGGGAAGAAUACCUGUUCACUGAGGAUAGACCCUGUGAUAAGAAAUGAUGGUGAUCACUAUUACCCAGGAAUAGCAGAAGAUCAGGACACUAAUGCCUGGACACAACAACGUCACAAGACUCUAAAGCUUUAUGCUAGAGAUACUCCAAACAUACCGGACCUUAUUGGAAAUGGAGAAAUGGUUGAAGGACGUCCUGAGAAUGUUUCAUGCUCUGUAGAGCACACAUGUGGCUCCAGUCCACCUUCUCUGAGGUUCAACAAAGCCGGCCAAACCGCGAGACGAUCUAAAGAUCUAUCUGAAGGAAAAUGGAAAGAAAUAUUAACAAUCACAUAUAUUCCUUCAUAUGAAGAUGAUAAAACACAAUUUCAGUGCACAGCAACUUAUCAUAAUGGGAGAACAUCACAGAAUGCAGUAACACUGAACAUCAGAUAUGCACCAAGAGACGUGACGGUCAGCUCACUCAAAAAUAAAGCGGUUUUGGAGGGUAGUGAUGUGACGGUAACAUGUUCCAGCAGAUCUAACCCUACUCCACACACAUAUGAAUGGUACCGUGGGAACAACAAAAUUAAAUUAGGAUCUCAAGAUCAGAAGAUCAAAGUACAGAACGUCAGCAAAGGCACGGAACCCUAUACUUGUGUUGCAAUAAAUAUUAUUGGGAGCGGAGACUCACUGCCGACAGAGAUAACUGAUGAAUAUAGCAGUGCUGAUCGCUCAACUGGCAAUAAAUACAGUUCUAUUUUAUUUCUGAUCCUGGGGAUUUUGGCUGGAGUCGUCCUUCUGAUUGUGAUUGUCUACUGCUAUACAAGAAUUAAAGCAUGUCAGACAUCAUCAAGGCCUGAGAUUAUCUGUGCAGACCUGAGGAGAAUGUGUUCAGGAUUGACUUCACUCGCUUCAAGAUUCGGGCCCUGGAGAUUGGCACUGUGUCCUUUGAUAUCUACAAACCCUGCUCAGAAUUCACAACAAGCAGAUGGCACAUAUACAGAUCUUGUGAAAACAGAGGUUUCAAGUGAUUAUGAUACUCUAAAGAGUCCACAACAACCAGAUGGCACGUACGCAGAUCUUGUGAAAACAGAGGUGUCAAGUGAUUAUGAUACUCUAAAGUCAUCAUUCCCAGCUCACCCUGCAGAUGGAGGAAGAGAUUUACAUUAAGAUAAACAAUAUGAUAACCUUCAGAGACAAGAAUGAAAGAAACACAUUUAUGAGUUACUAGCAAAAAUAAAUGUAUUCCUUGAACAGCAAAAAUGAAAAAUAAAAU